UUGAGCAACAAGAGAAGGAAAAUCAGCACAAGAGAAACUAAGAUAAAUGGGGUUUUUGCAACUACUAGAGGUGGCAUCAGCGCCAAUCAUUCAAGUCCUACUCAUCAGUGUAGUGGGAGCUUUUUUGGCAAGUAGUUAUUGUAAUAACCUUCUUUCUGAAGACUUCAGAAGAUCCUUGAACAAGAUUGUCUUCUUAGCAUUCACUCCUUCGCUUAUAUUUGCCAGUUUUGCCAAGAGCGUUUCUCUGGACGAUAUGAUAUUAUGGUGGUUUAUGCCGAUUAACAUUGGAUUAACCUUCUUAAUUGGAGGGAUUCUCGGAUGGAUAAUUGUAAAAAUACUAAAGCCAAACUUGAAGGUGGAAGGUCUUAUCAUUGCUUCAUGUUCAUCAGGAAACAUGGGUAACCUUCCUGUUGUGAUCAUACCAGCUAUCUGUGAUCAGAAAGGAGGUCCAUUUGGUACACGUGAUGAGUGCCGCAAUAGGGCACUCCCUUACUCUUUUUUCUCUUUGGGGCUUGGUGGAUUUUUCAUCUGGACCUAUACUUACCAGUUGAUACUAAAUAGAUCCAUGAGAUAUAAGGCAUUUGAGGCUGCUCAGGCCAUGAAGAUUCCCAACACAGACCUUGAUGCUGAUACAGAAACUCGCCUUCUCCAAGGAAAUAUUGUCAGUGAAAACACAGUGAUGGGAGAGAGAGACACUGAGAACCAAAUACUUGUAGACCAAGAUCCAUCUAGUGAAUCAAAGAUUGCAGAAAUAUCGUCUUGGCAGAGAAUGAGAGAAACUCUGAGCCGAGUCCUGGCAGAAAUAAUGUCACCCCCAACAAUUGCUACAUGUUUAGGUUUCACCUUUGGUGGAGUUAAAUCGCUAAGGAGCCUAAUAAUCGGACAGGAUGCUCCACUGCGAGUGAUCCAAGACUCCAUUCAAUUGCUAGGGGAUGGGACAAUUCCUUGCAUCACCAUUUUGCUUGGUGGCAACCUUACACAAGGCAUGAAAUCAUCAUGUCUCCAACCAAGGAUCCUCAUUAGUAUCAUCAUCGCUCGACUUUUCGUGUUACCUGCUAUUGGAUUUUUUGUGGUUAGAGCCGCUGCAAAUCUUGGUUUUCUCCCCGAGGACCCUUUGUUUCAAUAUGUGCUAGUGAUUCAGUAUGCUUUGCCACCUGCAAUGAAUAUCAGUACCAUGGCUCAACUGUUUGAUGUAGGCACAGAAGAGUUUUCAGUUAUCCUGUUGUGGACCUAUGGCGCUUCAGCUAUUGCACUAACUCUUUGGUCAACAUUCCUUAUAUGGGCAUUAUCUUAAUAUGUCUUCAUCUCAGCCAUCAGAAAAUUAUCCAACUUUUGUUUGGAUAAUUGUAGAGAACUCCAAAAAUAUUGGUUGUGCAACUGAGAUAAUUGUACAGCAGGUUACUUCCACCCCUUUUAGUUUUAGAGCUACUUGGUCAUGAAGGAUGGUAUGCAGAAGACUAGUCAGUGAAAUUUUUGCACUGCAUGCAUUAGAAUCAAUCAUACCAUACAACAUAACAAAGAAGUUAGGAGGCUGGUUAAAAAGUAGGUGUAUGAAGUUAGUAUUUGAUGAGGAGAUUCAUUUGAUUUCUUCUUUCCAUUUUUCUUCUAAAGAAUACAACUUUAUUUUUUGUCGUGUGUGGUGGUAGUAUUUGUUGUAAAAAUU